AGUACAUGCUGAACAGAGGUAGGUUUGUCUGGUGACACAGAAACUGUUCAUAUACUGUAUAUGAGUGCUCACAGACUAAAAGUCUAACCAUUAAGUAUUGUACACGUACACUGCACUUGCUCAGUGGAGCUUGUGGCGGCGGGUUUGUCUGAUGUAGGCCUGUGCACGUUCGUACAAGUACAUAUAGUUUAAAACAGAGCAGCUCGGGCACAGGAAGUUCCUCGUCCUAACCUAACCCCAAGAUGGUCGUCUCGGCAGCAGUUGGUGGCGGGGCAGUCACCGGUGUCUUCACCGUCACGGGGACAACGAUCGCUCUGGGGGCAACUGCGUUAGUGCUCGUCGUUCUUCUCCUACUGUGUCUCGGAGGGAGUAGCGGGGGCUUGGGCGCGGAAUCUCCUCCAGUGGCGCCUGGUGAAAGAUGUGUCUCUGGUCACUUGGGCAUCAUGACAGGGGCUCAGCCCUCCUGGAUCACUCUCAAUCGGAUCGGGAAGGAGAAGGGUGACGUCAUGUCUUUGAAGGUCGGCCAUUGGGUGAUCAUGCUGAACACCUUCGCGGCCAUCAAAGACGCAGCCAUAAACUUCGUCAAGGAGAUGGGUUCCAGACCAACCAAUUACACCACCAACUUGCUUAGUGAAAAUGGAAAGGACAUUUCCCUGGGAGAGUAUAGUCAUGACUGGCUUUUACUUCGAGAAAUGGGCAUCAAAAAUCUCAGGGAGUUUACGACAAAUAAAAGGCUGGAAGAGGUCGUUCACAUCAUCUUGAACAAGUUGGAAGAGGACUUGGACAAGAAAGAGAAUCAACCGGUCAAUGUCAAGGACAUCACGAUACCAGCAACUGCUGGUGUACUAAGCCAUUUGUGCUUUGGAUUCGAUGCCGAUGCCUCCGUUCAUGAUCGCGUUGCCAAGCUGCUCUCAGACGGUUUGUUCAAGUACAUUGUGGGGCCCCGCUUGCUCGCCAACUUCAUCCCCAUCCUGCGAUUCUUCCCCAGCAAUGCACUUAGGGAGGCGCAGGCCACCGUUAAUGAGCUGAAUGGGCUACUGCGUUCGGAGAUGAAACGACAUCAGGAGAGUCUAGACCCAGACAUAACCCGUGACCUGAUGGACGGUAUCAUCAAAUGCAGAAAUCACGCCCGAGAGACCGAACCCGACAAGUACGAGUUCCUCACCGAAACCCAUGCCUACCAAGUUAUCUCCAACUACCUCGGUGGAGCUGCUGGCGCCCUCGUGGUGGCCUUACAGACUGGCGUGGCUCUCUUUGUCAGCAACCCGGAGCAGCAGGAGAAGUUCUCUGCCGCGGUGACCAGCGUGGUGGGCGAGGACCGAAUGCCAGGACUGGACGACCAGGAGAAAUCGGUGUACGUCCGUGCUACCAUCGAAGAGAUCCUCCGUUACGCAUGCAUCGCCCCUAUCAGUGUCCCACACAAAACCUCAGAGGACAUCACUUUCCGUGGGUUCAAAAUUCCGGCCAAUACAGGAAUCUUGGUCAACUUCUACGGCCUUCACUUCAACGAAGAGUAUUGGCCUGAGCCAUUCAACUUCAAGCCAGAACGCUUCAUCGACGAGCGCGGUAACUUCAGAUCAGAUGAGCAUAUGUACCCUUUCGGAUAUGGUGCACGUUCGUGCGUGGGUCAGCCUGUGGCUCGGCAGUUGAUGUACCUGAUUCUCAGUUGGCUGACUCACCGCUACGCUCUAUGCCGGGUCCCUGGGGAGGAGGACCGAGAUCUGCUUCAGCAGGAUCCAGACGUGCAAGUCGUGAAGGCUGUACCUCCGUUCGAUCUUAUCUUAAAGCGACGAUUUUAAGGUGUAUGUGCUUGGACAGUGGAAAUGGGUGAGCCAAACGAAACCGCUGAAUAAAACGCCUUAAUACAACCGUAUAGUGAACAGGUUCUUACGCGAUUAAUUCAUUGCACACUUUUCAGUGACAGAAAUUUACACCAUACUUUUGUUGCAGUAAAACCAUAUUAACCUAUUAAUGAUUUGAUUUUUCGUUUUAAAAAUUUUUGGUUUGGGGCUUUUGAUUUUUGGCUUUGGUAUUUUUUAGUGGUGGGGAGGUAGUUUUGGUUUGGGGUUUUGGUGUCUUGGAUUUUUUAUUUUGAUUUUAGGUUUGGAAUUUUGGAUUUGAUUUGUGUUUUGCUGAGUGGAUUGGGAAUUUCAGGUUUGAAAUUCUAGGUUUUUUUCCUUUUGUUGGUUUUUGGGAAUAUACAGUAUGCAGUUGUAUGGCUCAUUAUGCAGUUGUAUUGCUCAUUACGCAGUUGUAUGGCUCAUUAUGCAGUUGUAUUGCUCAUUAUGCAGUUGUUUUGCUCAUUAUGCAGUUGUAUGGCUCAUUAUGCAGUUGUAUGGCUCAUUAUGCAGUUUUAUAGCUCUUAUAGUGCAUGUAUUAUUAUCACUCAAGUAUUUUGGUUGUAGGGUGUAAUUCAGUCAGUUUGUAAAAGUCUAAAUAAUUGACCCUUUUUAACUUCUGAGCGAACUAAGGUACCCGGGAAUUUUGAUUUCUUUGAAAGAAAUUAAACAUUUAUUGGAAAGGCUGUUGGAUUUGUAGAUUUUGUACAAGUGGAAUAAUAAGGAGCCAUGUCUUACACACCAGUUUUUCUUUUGGUAUUGGCCUAUCUAAUGUGCUCAUUGUGUCGAAUGUGCUCAUUGUGGCGAAUGUGCUCAAUGUAUCGAGUCAUUAUGUUGUUCUUAGUGUGUGUAUUUUCUCUUUGCCAUUUUACAAGGAAUAUAAAUGAGAGUCGGGGAGCAAGUCAGGCAAAAUCUCUGUGUUAUUCUUGACCAAAGACGCAACCAGGGUCACAGUUUGUAAGAUGCCUCCCUGAGAUAAUGUCCAAAAUGCCUCCCUUCCUUUUCCCAACAACGAAAAAAAUACACUGAACAAAAUUAGGCUUGCUUCACUAACUGUGUUCUAUUUAAGAUUUACAAUUAAUUAUAACUUCUACAAUAGCAGUAUUUCCACUUUCCAAAUUAAAUUUGCUUUUAAAUUA